AUGGCUCGCGGACAAAAAGGAAAUAAAUCCCCAAGCAAAAGCCCCACUGGAACUCAGUCUUUGUCACCAGGAACCACCCAAUGUUCCCAGUUGUCUUUCAUGACAACUCCCGGCAAUAAUCAGACUACUGUUCAGAUCCCAUCAAACAAAACACCCACACCAAAUGCAGGAGGUCAAGUCCCAAGUCAGCUCACUCAGGCUACUGACAACAUCACCUCCAAUGAAAACAGCGGGUUGGGCAAGCUUAUCUGGAGCUCUGUGAUGGAGAAGAGUGCCUUGGACUUGUAUGUCAAGGUGGUCAUAGAUGUGAGAUCAAAGUACAAUCAAACAUUCAGAAAGUGGUAUGGUGCUUUUGUGGCUUGUAAAGGGGCCAGCGGAUUUGGAUGGAACAAUGAAAAAUGUAUGGUAACUGCUUCUGAUGAUGUCUGGAACAGUUUCUUAGUUUUGCACCCACUGGCUAAGCGUUUUAAGAAUACUCCUUUCCCGGAGUACAACAAUCUACAUAUCAUAUUUACUGGUCAAGCGGCAACUGGUGCCUUGCAUAGGGGUGCACAUGGCAAUGGAGAAGAUAACAACAACCAUCAGGAUCUCAAGCAAGAUGGCCCUAAUGCGCCAGAACGUGCCUCAGGUGGAGAGGAAUCCCCAACUGGGUUGGCCUCUCAGCGACUCGGAAGCUCGAUCAAACAAUUGAUCACCGCUUUCUCAGACACUGUUCCAGAGCCUUCCGCUGCUCAAGAUAGCAAAAUUGAUCAAGCUUUGGCCAAGUUCCAGGACAACUUUGCUGACAACCUCACCAUGGAAGAGCUUCUUGCUGGCUUUGUUGUGUUAGAGAAUGAGGCUAAGGCCCAUAUCUUCUUAGUGAUUUGUGAUCCAGAUCACAGCAGGGCUUGGUUUCAUUGA